UAUUAGAAAUUGAAUUUGCAAUCAACAUGUUACCUUAUCAAGCUGUUGCAAUGGACUACGCUGGUUAUCAGCGUCAACCUACACCUGGUCAUCCAGGCAGCCAUAUGACUUCUAUGGGCUCAUUAGGAAUGCCUGGUGUAGGUGCUGGUCCAUUUACACAUUCUUGGUUGGUGCCUACACAAGAUUUGUGCGCUGUGCCAUAUAAUAAAAUGUCAAAUCAGCAUCAACCUGGUAUGGGAAUGCAUGGACAACAACAACCUCUCGAACCUGGUAUUUUAGAGCUACGCAAAGAGAAAUCACGGGAUGCAGCGCGUUCGCGUCGUGGAAAGGAAAAUUAUGAAUUCUAUGAACUGGCGAAAAUGUUACCAUUACCUGCAGCAAUAACAAGCCAACUGGAUAAGGCUUCCAUAAUAAGACUGACAAUAAGCUAUUUAAAAUUAAGAGACUUCUCUGGGCAUGGCGAUCCACCAUGGACACGUGAAGCCUCCAGCAGCAGCAAAUUAAAAAAAAGUAGUGGUGAAAAUUCAACAAGCAAUAAUAAUAAUAAUAAAACGAAAAUUUAUAGCCAAAGUGAAAGUAGGUUAACAAAUUAUUAA